UAUCUUUCGUUAAUAAAGUCAUAGUUUAUAGUAUAUAUUUAUAUAAACGUUUGAUCAUCAAAGUAUCAGUAACUUCAACAGAGUACCAGGUGGGGGCUCCACUCAGCUCAGCACAUGGUUCCUGAAGCCUCCGUGCCCCGCCCCUGUGUGUGGGGUUCCCUGGAGGAGCCGGUGACUACCCCCUAACUCCCCCCUGCUGAGCCUGUUGUACUUCGACCAUUCAUGCCUCGGAGGGGGCGGAGUCAGCCGAGGAGAAGUGAAGACCAAACAAAAUGAGUGUCCCGGACUGAAGCCGCUGUAUUUCCGCCCUGGACCCGGUGUCGCCCUCAGGGUCUUCACUUCACUCACACACUCCACAGCAGCGGAGUUUUGAUGGGAUGAACUGACAGCCGCUCCUCACACUCUGAACCCGAGCAGCGGAGCAUGGAUAGAAACUUUUGGCCAGCGGCGGCGGCGGCGGCGGCGGCAGCCCUGUCAGUGCUCCUGUUGACCACGGUGGCUCCUUCCUCCGGAGCCGAUAGUUUCCUGGAGCCCUAUGACCUCCUGUACAACAGCGGCGUUCAGGCGUUUUACAGCGGGGAGUACGCGGAUGUGGUGCGGUACAUGGAGGCGGCGCUGAGCAGUCAGGCCGAGGUGCGCAGCACCAGAGUCCGCUGCCGGCUGAGGUGCCAGGACCAGCAUCCGUUCGAUGACACCUUCUCUGAGCUGCGCUUCUUCGACGUGGUGCUGCACAGGGCGGCCUGCAUGAACCGCUGCAUCGAGGACAAACUUGGAGCACAGUCUCUGCACAAAGUCAGCGAGGAUGUGGCGCAGGACUUCCACAGGAGGAUCCCCUACAACUACCUCCAGCUGGCUUAUCAGAAGUUGAAGCAGCCUGAAAAGGCAGCAGCAGCAGCUCACACCUAUUUCCAGGCCAAUCCAGAACAUGUAGAAAUGGGUCCAAACCUGGAACAGUACAGAGACCAGCAGGACGUCCAGGAGGUCCACUUUGUCGACCAGGAGGCUCGACCACACCAGCACUCAUUCACAGAAGCAGUGAAGCUGUAUGACGUCGGUGACUACGAGGGCGCCAUCGUUCUGUUCGAGGAGGCGCUGGUGGAGUACUACACAGCUGACGUGGAGUGUCGGGCCCUCUGUCAAGGACCACAGAAGUUUGAGGGCCACGACCAUGUCCAGUACCGUUACAGUCUUCAUGAACUCAUAUCAGAUCACUUCACUCAGGUGCUGCACUGUGAACACGAGUGUGUCCGAGAUCUGGCCACUCGUCCGGGCCGCCUCUCCACCAUGGAGAACUACCUGCCGCUUCACUACGAUUACCUUCAGUUUGCCUACUUCCAGGUGGACAUGCUGCAGGAGGCGCUAGAGUGUGCACUGACGUACCUUCUGUUCCACAAAGAAGAAGAGUUCAUGACAGACAAUGUGGAUUACUACAGAGAGGUGCUGGGACGUGACGGCAGUCCACGGGAGAAAGCAGACUGGUACCUGCGCAGACACAAACAGGAGCAGCAGCUGCUGUUGGCGGGCAGUGAAGUCAUGGGAGUGACCUAUACUGAAGGGAAUUACUGGAGCAGCACAGGCGGAAGAAAUGACACCAGGAUUCCCUCUGGCACAGAUGGCUGGAUGGAGUACGUUCCUAUUUCAGACAAGCGGGACGUCAGUGUUGUUGUUCCGCAGAAAGUCAAAGAAGGUAAAUCUCCCCGCUGGUCUGAGUGGGAGUCAGACUGGAAAGGCGGCCCCUUGUUGUACGACGGCGUGCAGCUGGUGCAGACCUCUGCAGACUUAAACGGGACACAGCGAGUGCUGCUGGAUCACGUUAUAUCUGAGGAUGAAUGUGCAGAGCUCAGACAGCUGGCGCAUGUCGUUACCAUGGGAGGAGACGGCUACAGGGGGAGGAUGUCUCCACACACGCCCAAUGAGAAAUUUGAAGGAGCCACUGUGCUUAAAACCCUGCAGUACGGCUACGAAGGUAGAGUGCCGAUGAAGAGCGCUCGUCUCUUCUAUCACGUCAGCGAGCGAGCCAGACGCAUCGUGGAGUCCUACUUCCUCCUCAACUCCACCCUGCACUUCUCCUACACACACCUCGUGUGCCGCACAGCCAUCAUAGGUCAACAAGAUCACAGGAACGACCUGAGCCAUCCCAUCCACGCAGACAACUGUCUGCUGGACCCUGAUGCCAAUGAGUGUUGGAAGGAGCCUCCAGCGUACACCUACAGAGACUACAGUGCACUGUUGUAUCUGAACGGAGACUUUGAAGGUGGGGAGUUCAUAUUCACAGAAAUGGAUGCCAAAACAGUCACAGCAUCAGUGAAGCCCAGGUGUGGUAGAUUGGUGGGGUUCUCCUCCGGAGGUGAGAACCCACACGGGGUAAAAGCCAUCACCAGUGGGCAGAGGUGUGCUGUGGCUUUGUGGUUCACCCUGGAUCCGCUCUACAGAGAACUGGAAAGACUCCAGGCAGACGAGGUGAUCCAAGCACUGGACACGCAGCCUGUGUGGGGUCACGGCCUCAGCAUAAACCCUAAAGAUGAACUGUAGAGGCAGGAAAAAAAGUACCCUUAAAUAUAUUCUACAUAAUUUAACUAUUUAUUGAAUGACUUUGGAUCAGAACAAUUUUGUGUUUGUACUGUUUAAGGUGCAAGGUCAAUAAUAAUAUUAUCAGUUUCGUGUCGUCAUUUAAUUCCUUUGUCUUCGCUCUGCAUAAAAAUACUUGAGUUGACCUGUAGAGAAUUGACGUUUCUUCUCUGCAGGAGACUCGAGUUGAGACGACAUGGGAAAUAUUUUGUCGUGAUUUAGUUUUGACUGGUUUGCAGACUGCUGGUUUUGACUAUGGCUCAAAACUGUAGUUUCCCUGAACUGUGAAGAAGACAAUGAGAGGUUUGGUAGCUGUUUGUGUUCUUAUUAUGAACACUGACUGGUAAAACACUAUGUACAGGUGUUAAAACGAUAUACUUCAGAAAUAAUAUCAAAUUGUUGUUAAGGGUACUGUUAAAUACAAGUAUAUAUUUUUCCUGUUCCAGUGAUAAUUGAAAAGUACACAGUGCACUGUUCUUUUUUUAUUUGGGUGUUUAAAUCUCCAUUAGUACAGUAAAAAAUAACAGAUGUUUUUAUUUUUGUUGAAUAUUUAAUGCACUCUGUCCUCUGUGUGUCAUGUCUGAAACUGAAAAUGUCCCCUGCACUAGUUUAGCACACCCCCACAUCCCCCUUCCUCCCCUUCCUCCUCCCACUCCUGCUCCCCCUGCUCCUCGUCCUCCUCCACUUCUCUGGCACACAGAGCAAAGUACAGGUUUACAUGUUUUCUGACAUUAAGACGUGUAUUUGUGUAUGUUAUAUGUUUAACGUUUUAUUUAUUUCUUGGUUUAAUACACGGCUGCUGUUGUCGUCAUUCAAUAUGAAAAAGUUAGUUUUUUCAUAAAAGAUGAAAAAUCGUUCCUGUUUCAAGGAAUAAAUAUUUGUCAGGUCUGCUAUGUCUUUAUAUUUGUGUUGCUGUUACAGAUAAUAGACCGAGUCGUGCACUGUAAAUCCAGUUUAAAGAAACACACAAAGGGUAGCAUUUUUUUUCUUUUCCUUUUUUGUUUAUUUUUCAAACCAUAAACUGUCCUUUUGAAUCACAGGUGAAUUUUAAAAUGCUCUGGUACAGAAAAUAUACGUGUCUGUAGAUUAAAGAAUUAUAUUCACCAUC